AUGCUCGACCCAAGAUCAUACCAAGAGGGAAGCCUCUGGUUCUAUGCACCAAAUAAAGGUGCCCCCAUUGCCUUUGCGAUUCUUUUCGCAAUUUCAGGAGCUGUUCAUCUAUACCAAACUAUAAAGCACAAGUCCUGGAAAGUCACUGGCCUCUUGCCAUGGUCCGCUCUACUUUUCACGGGAGGAUUCAUCACUCGCACUGUCGCUGCCUUUGGUGAAUGGGAUAAUGUGAAUAUUUACAUCGCAAGUAGCGUUCUGCUACUUGCUGGACCGCCCGUUCACGAAGGAGCCAAUUAUUUCAUCCUAGGUCGAAUCCUCUAUUACAUUCCAUACCACUCACCCAUUCAUCCCGGUCGCGUGUACUCGACGUUCAUUGCCCUUGGAGUUAUCAUUGAAGUUAUAACUGCCAAUGGUGCCGUUCAGCUUGCCAGCGCCAACUCUACACAGCAACAACAAAAUGUCGGAAAGGCACUGCUCAAGGCAGCUUUGAUCCUCCAGCUCAUAUUGAUGGCUGCAUUUGUCGCACUUGCCACACGAUUCCACUUCAAUUGCAUAAAAGGAAGUGUGCUCAAUAAUAAGAUUAAGCGUUGUCUCAUUGUGCUAUACAUUAGUUGCGCGCUGAUUACUGUUCGAACAAUUUACCGCACAGUCGAGUACUUCACCGCGGCCAGCUUGAACACCUAUUCCGAUAUCCAGCACAUUAGCCCUGUUCUGAAACAGGAGUGGUUCUUCUGGUUCUUUGAGGUGGUAUUUAUGUACAGUAAUACCACCAUGCUAAACAUCUUCCAUCCUAUGCACAAGCUGCCACGCUCAAACAAAAUUUACCUCGCCCAGGAUGGUGUGACGGAAAUCGAAGGUCCAGGGUAUGAUGAUCCUCGCCACUGGAUCCAGAAGUUCAUCGAUCCGUUCGAUGUAUAUGGAUUGAUUACACGACAUGGCAAGCAACAUGUGUAUUGGGAGGCAGAUCAAUCACAGAACAAAUCAGAUGCAACCCCUCAGAUGGUUUAG